UCUAGCAAUCGUAUUACUUCUUUAGAACUUCUUUCUUGUUUACCUCGGAACUUCAGUCUUUGUUGUCUGAAAUAAAUACCUUACAUUGAAGUUAAAGUUAUAAUUAGAGAUGACCCAACAGUUUUAGUUUUAUCUUACUGAGCACAUGGCCAAGAAAAUUCAGGUAGUUCUAUUCAAAGUCCAAUGUAUUUAAAAAGCAGAGAAGAAACAGUUGCCAUUUAUUGCAACAUCGAGAUGAAUAUGAAAGAGGAGAUGCAUGAGGCUGUCAUAAAUUCCACAGAGAAAAUGACUGUGAGCAUUAAGAAGGAGGAAUGUGACGGGGAGUCUGUCCACCCUAACCAGGAGAGUCUGUGUAUUAAGGAAGAGGAUUAUGAACUGGUAACUGUGGACAUUAAAGAAGAGGCAGAGGAGACAUCUGUCAGGUUUGAGAUGCCAAAACCUGCAAGUAUGGAGUGCACCGAUCUCAAGGUGGGGUCUGAGUCAUUACUGUCUGAAACAAAGAUGGCUGAUGAAAUGUCAUCCGUUAGAACUUGGGAGGAUCAACCAACACCUUCAAACUGGGCCACAAUAACUUUACAAGACAAUGGCAGAUUCUUCUUAUCAUUGCCUCAUACCUCUCUUCAUUAUAAAGCACAACAGAUAGCAGAUGACGAAAAUAUGAAGAAAGUGACAUCUGAAUCAGAAGGUGUUGUGAUACCAGCCUCUUUGCAGGAUAAUUCACUGCUUUUUAUGAAAUUAACAACGGUAGGUGUGAUCAACACCCAACCUGAAAUGCACAUUACAAAAGACUCUGCCACUGUCCACCAGGAGCAGAGGAAAAGUUCUGAAAGUGAACCUAAAUCCAAGAAUGACCGUCAGAGUCAAGCACAACAAAAGAUGUUUCAGUGUUCUGAAUGUGGCAAACGAUUCACACGAAUAAGCCAUCUUCAUAACCAUACUAGGAUUCACACAGGAGAGAAACCAUAUUGCUGUUCGGAAUGCGGAAGACGAUUCAUCACCAGUAGCAGUCUUCAAUACCACAGAAGAACUCACACUGGAGAGAAGCCAUUUUGCUGUCCUGAAUGUGGCAAACAAUUCAUAACCAGCAGCAAGUUUCAGUACCACAAAAGAACUCACACUGGAGAGAAGCCAUAUUGCUGUUCAGAAUGUGGCAAACGAUUCACCACCAGUAGCUAUCUCCAAAUACACGCACAGAUUCACAAUGGAGAAAAGCCAUAUUGUUGUGCCGAGUGUGGAACUGGAUUCAUGUGCAAGAGCAGCCUUCAGAAACACAGACGAAUUCACACAGGAGAGAAGCCAUAUUCUUGUUUUGAGUGUGGUAAACUCUUUUCUUAUAAGAGUACUCUUCAGACCCACAUAAUGAUUCAUACUGGAGAGAAGCCGUUUUGUUGUUUUGAAUGUGGAAAGGGAUUCACCUUCAAGAGCUGCCUUCAGAAGCACGGAAGAGUUCACACGAAAGGGAAGCGUUGAUAGGAGUGAUGCAGGUGCUACAUCAAGCCUUCAGUCAAACUAAAGGAGUACAAAUGUCAUGACCAAAGAGUGAGGACCACCACGAAAAAUGUGGAAAAAUUUACACCGGAGCAAAGCACCAUGGCAACAUGUUUGUAAAGACUACAUCUGUAGAAUGAAAACUAUCUUCAGGAGUUCCUUAAUUCAACAAGAUUCAAGGUAUGAACCAACGUGUAACUGAUGUUCUGUGGUAAAGCCUUGCAGUCCUAUACUUGGCCAUAGGCUGCACAGCAUAAAGCAGGAAAAUUGAUGUUUGAACAUUAACUAAUGCACUGAUACUUGUAUAUUCCAAGACUUUACAUUCUGAGAUCUUAAAUGAAGGUAUGGGUCUGAUUGAAACGGAUUUAAUAUACAGAUCGGUAAUCAGUGGAUUUUAAUUGUACCUGGUAUAUCCCAAAGAUCAGCACGUACAGAAGGUAAUAAACCAAAAAAGAGCUGAAAUCAGAAAAUGUGGUCAACAAUACAGAAGAAAUGAAGGUGUGAAAGACUCACUCACUUUAUCUUCAGUUCAUGACAAUACAGCUCCCUAGGCAGCAGAAACGAAAAAACGACGGGCAAGGCCACAACUAUAGUUGGAUAUAUGCUGCCCUCCCGCUCCAGCACCCCGAACAUCAGGAGCUUAGCUUUGUGUUGCUUCCAAUUUGAGGGUUGAGGGCAUCCCCCAAUCCCUGGGACCAAAAAGUAUUUGCAGUAGAACCUCAAUGUGAUAUACCCAUGUUUAGAGUUUUCACACAUGUAAUAUUUUUUGGAUGCUGAUUUAUAAAAAUAAAAAGCUCAGGCCUGAACAAG